UCGAACGCAACGGUACAUGGGCGGUGCAUGGCGAACAGUACUCAGUGCCCCCGAUAACAAUAGCUUUCUCCGAACACCGAACUGCAGUUAAAUUAAAUAAAUAAAAUUAUAUUUUUUUCAAGUUCAAAUACAUACAGAGUAAAAGUUGCCUAAAUAUUUAUUAUAACAACAAUAAUAAGUAGUGCUUAAAUUCCCGAAAAUCAGCAGCCGUAUUUUGAAAUUACGUCAAAAGGAGUCGCGAAAGAAGAAGAGCCAGAGGAGAGAGGAGAAGACGAAGACAAAGAGGCAGAGGCAGAGAAAAGGAGAGAGCCGAAAAGAAGAACAAUAACAACCAAGCGAACGCACGCGAUAGGAGUAACUGUAAAUGUGAAAGGAUAAAAUAGGAGAAACCCGAAAUCAGCGAAAGGACUUUUUUUUUUGGUUGGUUUUUGUUUUUGGCGCGUCGUCGCCGUUUUGCCUUUUGUUUUUAUUAUUUUUGCCGUUCGUUCGUGUGCCCUUGUUGAUUGCUUUGCAGCCGGCUUUGGCCAACAACAACAACAACAAAAAAGAAAAGGAAAGAAAAGAGAGAGAGGGUGAGGGAGAGAGAGAGAGGGGGUGCAAGCAAGAGGGCGAUACCUAACCACUAGGCUACCAAGCAGCUAGAGCUUAUGUAAAGCGUGCUAUGGAAGCAUGUCGUCCACUUCCAGCUCCGUGCUAACGUUGUCGUCGUUUAAUCUAUUAUUUUUCACCCAAGUGCUCACGGUUCUCAGCUCGACGAUCAAGUACAACGAAUACGCAACGGACAAGGGCGGCAAUGUGAGCAUACCCUGCAUAGCCCAGGGCAACAUCAUGUGGGUGAAAGAGCACGGCAACAACAGCACAAUAGUCCAGUCUGGUCGUGUUUUGGUGCUGCGCAAUGUGAGCACGACGGAUGCUGGAAUUUACGUCUGCUUUGCCUCGCUGCCACGCCCAUCGACAACUGCAACUGCAGCAUCAGCAACUACCUCACCGCAAAAUCAGCAGGAGAACACUGUGAAAGCAUCCCAGCCAGUGGAGGUUGAGAAUGGCAGCUCCAAGGACUCCCAGCAGGAAACCCAAGUGGAGCAGAAGGAGCAGGAGGAGUUGGAGGUGGAGUACCAAGCGAAACAGCGAACCAAGCUCGUCGUUCGCACGGUUCCCGGUCCGGUGUCGCAGCUCUACUUCAAGGCCUCCACCAUACUGGGCUUCCUCAUUUGGCGCUUCAACAAGACCCAAUCCGGGGGCUAUCCGGUACGCAGCUUUACGGCGGAGUACCGCAAUGUGUCCUACAAAACGCCGCCGGCGAACGCCAGUUUCGAGCACGCCUGGAGCAGGAUGGAUCCCAUCAACAUAGCCUUUAAUGUGCGUCAAAUGGAGGUCUAUCGCCUGGCACCCAACACCACAUAUGAGUUUCGGAUAUGGGCCAACAACGAGCUGGGCAGCGGCGAGGUGGUGACCACCAAUGUGACCACGCUGCCGGAGACCAAGGAGGAGGAUCUCAUACGCCUUAUAAAACCCGACCUAGACAAUUUCGAUCCGCGCAUUUGGAUAGUGGCCGUCAGCAUAGUGCUCGGAACCCUUGUGAUAUUAGCGAUCGGACUCUGCAUUGUGCUCUCCAAGGAGUGCUAUCAGUCGGCGCAAAUGGAACUGCAAGAUGGUUGGGACAGCAUUGAGCUUAUUCCGAACAUAAUACUUAAUCCCGGUUUCAGCGAGUCAGAUGGCGGGGGUCAAGGUCAGGGUCAAGGUCAGGGUCAGGAGGGCAACGAUCAGCAGGAGGUGGAGGACGAUGACGAUGUGGCCAUGCCCUUUCCGCGCACCAUCAUCUUUGGCCAACACCAUCGAACGCCUCCGCCGCCCCGUUUGCACCUGCCGCCGCAGCACCAUCACCUGCAACCCUUUGGCCAUCACCUGCAUCUGAAUCCCAACCAGAGCCACCACUACCAUCACAAUCAGCACCACAGUCGGCGGCAGGAGGAGGACGAUGACGACGACUACGAGGAGGAGCACGAGCCCACCAUGGAGCGAUUCAAGCGCAAAGUUUCCGUCUUCUUUACCGGCCCCACCAUCAAGCGGAUUUGAGACACAUUCGAGUACAAAAGUAAACACUUCUCACCCAGGUUGUUGUUGUUGCUGUGGCGUUUGGCGGUUUGAUCGGAUAGCUAGGAUCCAUAUAUAUAUACAUAUAUAGAGCUUGUCGAUUGAAACACUCGUUUUCACUUCGGUUUCCUAUCAAAGCUUGCAACAUGAUACAUACAGUUGCGGUCUAAGUAAUAGUAGUUUUUAAGCCUAUGGAAGUAGCAAUGAGAAAAAGUUUAAAAGCAACUUUAGAACAUAAUCCAAUUUAUUCCAAUUUACAGAUGAGUGAGAAUGCAAAUGGUUAUUUUGUUAAAUUGUUUUUAAAUCAUUUGAUAUAAAAUAUGGAAAUGUUAAUUUUAACAAAUUAUUAUUUAGAGACCCUUGAAAAGUAAUAUUUAUUUUUGGUAUUAUAUUUUUUAUGUAAUUUUAACUAUAGCCUACUGUUACUAUGAAUAUUAACAGUAUCGAAGAUUAUUUAUAGUUUGUAAGCAUUAUGAUAAAUGAAAAAAAAAAAUAUCCUAUGUUUUUGAGCACUUUGCAUAGUCAAACUACUAUUAUUUUGACCGCAGCUGUGCAUAAACAAAAAUCCCUGAGAGCGAAAUACUCGUACAGCCACUUUGAUUUAUUGCUCAUCGCUCUGCUUCUCCCAGUUCACUAUUAUAUAGUAUAUAUUAUAUACACGUAUUAUAUAUAUAAACCAAAACAAAUAUAUUGCUGUGAUACAAAUUCAAUUGAACGGACAUUGUAAGGAUUUACCAUAAACCACAUGAAACACCAUGUCAGUUAUUAACCAUCAUGAAUUUGCUGAACUCGUAGACAAAAAAAAAAAAAAAAAAAGAAAAUAAACCCAAUUGUAUUUUGCCUAGUUAAACACGCCAUCUGAGUUACAGCAACUGGAUUACUUAGAUUCAGAUAUAUAGCAUACAGUUUGCUUAGAGCCACAAAUGCAUCUGAGAAAUGAAGAAAAAUCCGAAAGAGAUCCCUUACCGAGUACUAAAUAAAAUGUUUUUCAUUUCAAAAUGUCCGUUGGUCUGUUAGCUUAAAUAAAAAUAG